CUCCAAUAUUUAAUCAAACAAAAUAAAACUUGCAGGUGGUGAUGAAAAGGUAGCAACUAGCACAGGAACAAACCAGUUGACUGACUUCUGAAUCAAAUCCAUACUUCUUAGAGACAAGUUUCUCAAUCUGUUGUUCUUCAUUCCCCAUCCGAGACAGCAAGUGAAGGAGAAAAAGGAUAAUCCAUAACGUCAAAAGAAAAUGGCAUUUCUGAGAAUAAUGGUUCUGAUAUGGGCUGAUAUGUUGGCAACAUAUGUAACGUGGAUUAUGCAGAAAUACUUAUCAGAUGUUUGGAAAAUUGGAUUUACUCAUGCUGCUGGAAUAAUGAAUGUGUACAAUGGCCUUGCUAAAUGUGUCCCUCUAUUUCUUUUCUCAUUUGUUGAUUGUGGAGUGGAUAAUUUCUGGAUACUGCUUUUCUCAAGUAUUGCUUUUUCUACUGGCUUGGGGUUUCUGUCAAUGUCUACACCACCAGUUUUGCAUAAGGCAACACAUACCUGUAAUGAAUACCAGCCUAAUUGUAUUGGUCACACACAAAAAGCCCUUUUUUACUCAGGUCUGGCGUUGGUCGCUGUUGGAAUAAGUGGGCAUAUUGUUUCAUUAGUUACAUUUGCAUUGGAUCAACUGGAAAGGAGGUCAGUCCCAGUUCAUGAUACUACUUCUGACAGGCGACGAAAUAAUAUGGGAUUGGUAAUUCAGCUCGCUCGUAUGAGGAGGAACAAAGGCAAAAAUGAUGUUAAUUUCAUGAAAGAAUACGAAGACCCACCACCACCACCACCAGUUGCUGAAAACAGAAGGCAGCAGCCUAAUGACACACUCGAAGAGGAUUUGUUGAAACUUCAAUUUCAACCAUUGGAGGCAAUGUUGGAACUUGUUAACAGGCAGAAAGAAAGAAAUGGAGGCAGCAUAUCAGACUUGAGAAUAUUGGGCUUUAUUUUCGUGCUCAUUGUUUCAGUUGGUGUACUUAUUGGUCUUCCAUAUGUAAAACCGUGGAAACUCCGCUUUGGAAUUCCAGCAAUUUGUACCUUGGUGGCAACACUUGUAUUCUCGCUGUGUUUUUGUGGAUACAAGGACAGUAAACUCAGGUACUCUGACAGGGCUGUCAUCAGAUUAAGGACUCACAGAAAAGAGAGACAAGUCCUAAUUCGCAUGCUUCCAAUUUGGUUCACCUGCAUAAUUUGUGGUGUAGUAACAGCCAUUGGAAACACAUACUUUGUGGAGCAAGCAAACCACAUGAAUUACAAGGUUGGAAUACUAAAGUUCCCUGAUUCAAUCCUUCUGUUACUGUAUGGAACAGCAAAGACAGUUUUUAAAAGGGUGUAUGACCGUAUCUCAAACUGGUUAGGAGAAGCCAGCCAAAAAAAGUAUGCACCCGCAUUUGGCAUUGCGUUAGCUACAAUAUUCUCAGCAUCCUGCUGCAUUGUUGCUUCCAUCAUUGAAACUCGAAGGAUACAUGUGAUCAGAAGUCAUGGUUUAGUUGACAAACCUGAUGAGGAUAUUCCAAUGACUGUUUUUUGGCUUGUUCCACAAUUUGUUCUUCUUGGUGGACUAGACGCGUUUUAUGAGAACAGUGUUGCUCCAUUCUUAAAUGAUCAGAGUCCUCCAUCGAUGAAAAAGUACCUUGUCUACCUCAAUCCUGGAUUAUCCGGUCUGGGAGCCAUUGGAAGUGUUUUAUCAGUUUAUGUGGUGGGUGAAAUUAGCAAGAAAGGGGGAAAAAAGAGUUGGUUCCAGCAUGACUUGAAUCAGAGUCGGUUGGAUCACUAUUAUUGGGUACUUGCUGGCCUGAGCGGUGCAAUUCUCAUUUGGUUUUUCUUGACAGCAAUAUGCAUCCCUUUCCCUUACAGGGAUCCAGUUUCAAGUGAUACACAAGAGACAACCGACAAUCAGGACAAAAAUGUGGACCAGAUGAAUAAAAAUGAUGAAUUCAUCAAUUCUCUUAUAAAGGAAAAUCAAGACAUCUUAUGAGGAUUGAACAUUCAGGAAUCAGGCCAGGCUCGAGAGUUUCUCAAACUGGGGGAAUAGAAGUCUCUGCCAUUCAAGUUUCAGAGUUCUUGUAUAAAUCGUGAUAGAAGAUUUAGAUACCACAGCAUUCUUGUCCAUAUUUUGCAUUUUAAGGUUCAAACGAGCCAGUUCUUUGGUGUUGUUUCAUCUCAUUCUUUGAAUGCUAAAGGGCCCGAAUCUGAACUAGUGUUUCUUUCUUGUUUUACAUCAAGAAAGUUGGAGGCAGUAUGAGGCUCAGAAUUGCUUGCCUUCUCCAUUGGUCUGAUCAGUUUUUGUAUGGCUGUUUCAAUAUCUUUCAGUCUUAGCCUGCUUUUGUAUAAAGCUUGUGCCUUUUCUUUUAUCAUUCAUAUAAUCAAAUCAAAUAGAGGAAAGGAAUGUGACUUCAUACAUGUAACAACCAGCAUCAUGAAUUGAAUUGGAUAUUGUCCCAUAAUGUAGUUUUCUUCAACCU